GAGGCGGGUACCUCUGCAGGUGUAGACCCAGGUCCUGCGGACCGGCAGAGUGGACCGGGAGGGGUGGGGUGGGACAAAGUGGCUGCAAGCCUGAGGCGAGGUCCCCCGAGGCUGCGGCUGUCCGGCCAGGAGGUGGCCAUUCAUUCCUCCAUUGUGGCUGAGGAGCGAGGGCCCCUUCGGGGGCUCUUUCGAAGUCCGUGCCUUUACCUGAAGGAGAGCCAUCCUGCGCUUAACCUGGGGUGCUGCCGGCCUUCUCAGAGCGGAGGGCGUCCCCCUUCUUCCACCCUGCGGCCCAGGUGACCGCUGCCAUGGCUUUUCCCCAUCGUCCGGAUGCCCCAGAGCUGCCUGACUUCUCCAUGCUCAAGAGGCUGGCCCGAGACCAGCUCAUCUAUCUGCUGGAGCAGCUUCCAGGAAAAAAGGACUUGUUUAUUGAGGCAGAUCUCAUGAGCCCGUUGGAUCGAAUCGCCAAUGUCUCCAUCCUAAAGCAACAUGAAGUAGACAAGCUGUACAAAGUGGAGAACAAGCCAGCCUUCAGCUCCAGUGAACAAUUAUGCUUCUUGGUCAGACCUCGCAUCAAGAAUAUGCGGUACAUUGCCAAUCUUGUCAAUGCUGACAAAAUGGCUGGCCGAACUCGAAAAUACAAAGUGAUCUUCAGUCCUCAGAAGUUUUAUGCGUGUGAGAUGGUGCUUGAGGAAGAGGGCAUCUAUGGAGAUGUGAGCUGUGACGAAUGGGCCUUCUCUUUGUUGCCUCUUGAUGUGGAUCUGUUGAGCAUGGAACUACCAGAAUUUUUCAGGGACUACUUCCUGGAAGGAGAUCAAUGUUGGAUCAACACUGUGGCACAGGCCUUGCACCUCCUCAGCACGCUCUAUGGACCCUUCCCUAACUGCUAUGGAAUUGGCAGAUGUGCUAAGAUGUCACAUGAAUUGUGGAGGAAACUGGAAGAGGAGGAGGAUGGUGAAACCAAGGGCCGAAGGCCAGAAAUUGGACAUGUCUUUCUCCUGGACAGAGACGUGGACUUUGUGACGGCACUUUGCUCCCAGGUGGUUUACGAGGGUCUGGUGGAUGACACCUUCCGCGUCAAGUGUGGGAGUGUCGACUUUGGCCCAGAAGUCACAUCCUCUGACAAGAGUCUGAAGGUGCUGCUCAACGCCGAGGACAAGGUGUUUAAUGAGAUUCGUAACGAGCACUUCUCCAAUGUCUUUGGCUUCUUGAGCCAGAAGGCCCGGAACCUGCAGGCCCAGUAUGACCGCCGAAGAGGCAUGGACAUAAAGCAGAUGAAGAACUUCGUGUCCCAGGAGCUCAAGGGACUGAAGCAGGAGCACCGCCUGCUGAGUCUCCAUAUCGGGGCCUGUGAAUCCAUCAUGAAGAAGAAAACCAAGCAGGACUUCCAGGAGCUCAUCAAGACUGAGCAUGCGCUGCUGGAGGGCUUCAGCAUCCGUGAGAGCACCAACUACAUUGAAGAGCACAUAGACCGGCAGGUGUCACCCAUAGAAAGCCUUCGCCUCAUGUGCCUUUUGUCCAUCACUGAGAACGGUUUGAUCCCCAAGGAUUACCGAUCCCUGAAAACCCAGUAUCUGCAGAGCUAUGGCCCCGAGCACCUGCUAACCUUCUCCAAUCUGCGGCGAGCUGGGCUCCUAACGGAGCAGGCCCCGGGGGACACCCUCACAGCUGUGGAGAGUAAAGUGAGCAAGCUGGUGACGGACAAGGCUGCAGGAAAGAUUACUGAUGCCUUCAGUUCUCUGGCCAAGAGGAGCAAUUUCCGCGCCAUCAGCAAGAAGCUGAAUUUGAUCCCACGUGUGGAUGGCGAGUAUGAUCUGAAAGUGCCACGUGACAUGGCGUAUGUGUUCAGUGGUGCUUACGUGCCCCUCAGCUGCCGAAUCAUCGAGCAGGUGCUGGAGCGGCAAAGCUGGCAGGGCCUGGAUGAAGUCGUGCGGCUUCUCAACUGCAGUGAGCUGGCAUUCACAGACAUGACCAAGGAAGACAAGGCUUCCAGUGAGUCCCUGCGCCUCAUCUUGGUGGUGUUCUUGGGUGGUUGCACAUUCUCUGAGAUCUCAGCCCUCCGGUUCCUGGGCAGAGAGAAAGGGUACAGGUUCAUUUUUCUGACGACAGCAGUCACCAACAGCGUUCGCCUUAUGGAGGCCAUGAGUGAGGUGAAAGCCUGAACUUUUCCCGGCCAGUGUUGAUGUCUCCCUGGACAUGUUCCGCAGUGGGAAGCAGGAGUUUGAACCCAACUGCUAAUAAAAUGUCUACCAACUAUGCUCCUAACAGCUGGGGAGCAGGGAACUUAUUUGAAUUUAGAGAACAUAUCUGAGGAGAGAGUUCACUUCCUGCCCCCAGGAUAUUUCUUUUUUGUUUAUGAAGUACAGCCCAUGCUGAUGAGAUAAGGAGGAAGAGGAUCUUUUGCUAAAUCCUGUUUGAGUAUCAUUGUAAAUAAACCCUCUACUCUCAAUGUAUCAAUAUUAUGUUUAGUUCUAGACAGGCACUUCCAUGUUUACUGGUGAAGCAGAGGGGGCUUUACAUAGGGACUUCGUGUAUUCUACGGCCUGGACUGGGUAGUAGCUCUGGGCCUGGUCUGGUUCUUCCUUGAAACUUGCACUGUACUGGACUUUCCUCAACCAUAAAAUGAGGAUUAGUUAGAUGAUCAGUACCAGUUAGAUGAUUGCACCCUUCCAAUUCUAAAAUUCUGUGAGUCAUUACACUUUAGAAAAAAUGAGCUUGCUAUGGUUUUAACUUAAGGAGUCGCUUGAAUUUUAAGCCUUUUGUUUCUUAUUGCAGAAUGAAAGAUUAUGUCCCUUGUUAGAGCAAUUUCAGGCAUUGGCAAACUGUGCUCCUAUAAAGGUUACCAGUGCCCUCCUAAGUGCUGAUUCUAGUGACCUUUCUUUCCCUUUACCCUUUAAAAAUUGUGAACACUAACCACAUCUAUUAGUGGUCGUCUUCUAAGUUGAUCUCACUGAUGAUCCCCUUUACCUUCUUGUAAUUCUCAUAUUUAGCUUCCAUGACACACUUCUUUGUCCUCCUGCAUUCUCCUAGGCUGCACUUCCAUCUCCUUUGGUUCCUCUCUCUGUGUAUCCUCCUUUGUUGCAUCUCCUGUCUCUGUCCUUUAUUGUUAUCCAUCCCAAACUUUUGUCUCACUGCUGAGAUUCACGCGAUUAUUUACAACCUGGUCGUUCCAUGGGCAGUUCACACUCAGCAUGUCUAAAAUAAACUCUCACACUGAACCUCGUGUCCCCACUUGGGAUCCCUAAAUCUGCUCCUCUUCCUCUGUUUCCUUAAUUGACAUCCUCAUCAUCUACCCAAGUUUUGUUCAUGCAAGAAAUUAUAUCCUUGGGACUUCCCUGGUGGUCCAGUGGUUAAGACUCCGUGCUCCCAAUGCAGGGGACCCGAGUUCAAUCCCUGGUCAGGGAACUGGAUCCCACAUGCAUGCCACAACUGAGAGUUCGAAUGCCACAACUAAAGAUCCCACAUGCGGCAACAAAGAUCCUACGUGCUGCUACUAAGACCCAGUGCAGCCAAAUAAAUAAAUAAAAUUUUAAAAAUUAAAAGAAAAAAAAGAAAUUAUAUCUUUGACCUCAGAUUUUUUUCUUUUUAUCCCCCACAUUCAGCUGGUCCCCUUACCCAUUAUUUCUAAAUGCUUCUGGUUCAUCUUCUCACCAUCCCCAUGGCAGAGGUACUUGUUUUUGGCCUGGGCUUUUGCAAAACUGUCCCUCCCAAGCUCUGCCUCCUAUCUGUUGCCCAAUCCACAGUGCUGCCACGUCUUUUUUUUUUUUAAUUGGGGUAUAGUUGUUUUACAAUGUUGUCUUAGUUUCUACUGUACAGCGGAGUUCCCUGUGCUAUACAUCAGGUUCUCAUUAGUUGCCUAUUUUAUACAUAUUAGUGUAUAUAUGUCAGUCCCGAUCUCUCAAUUCAUCCCACCCUCGGUGUCCAUACGUUUUUUCUCUACAUCUGUGUCUCUAUUUCUGCCUUGCAUGCCACUUCUUAAAAUAAAGAUCCAAACCUGUGGUGCUGGAUCAUCAAAAGUAUUCUUUCCAUAGGAGAAUGAUAAUGCUGUGAGUGCAAAUUCCAAGGAAAAUGCAGUACCUCAAGUAUCUAGCUAGAAUCUUGACAGUGCUACGUCAAGCUAGUGUGCAAGAUCAAAGACACUGCUGACAGGGCUGUUAGUUUGUAGAAAGAAUAUUUGGCAGUCAGAAAAAGUUCUAUGCCCAAAUGAAUAAACAGUGGCAGUGCAUUCUAGAACAGUGCUGUUCACUAGAAAUAUAAAAUGGUCCUUUUUAAUACACAUUACAGAGUGUUUUACAUGCUGA